AUGGGUUUCCUGAGUAUGGAAUUUGGUUUCAAACUCGGCCAGCUAUCAUCAACAGGUGGGCCACUUGGAGAACUUGUGCAGUGGUCUGAUUUGAUUGCAGAACUUUAUCUUUUGGGCCACAGUCUUAUGAUCUAUUCGUUCGGCACGCAUGCGGAAUUCAGUUCUCGAAUUUAUUUUGCUGCUCAUAAAAAUUCACUGUGUGGGUCAAGAAAAAAUCCGUGGGGUAACCAUCAGUUAGAUUUGCAGCAGUUCAUGACAAUGUACCCGCAUACAGAUGAUAACACAUUUCUCGGAUUUGCAGUGGAAAUGGAUCCAGUCUACGGUAAAGCAGGUUAUAUGUGGAAGAAUGCGAAACGACUCAUAGAAACCGUACGAAAAUUUACUGAAGUGCACGCAACUGUUAACGAUAAUUUGCCAGAUUUCGAUAACCUUAUAAUAAAUCACGGAGUUUUGAUAGGUCCCGAAUUACAUGCUUUAAUGAGAAAGGUGAAGAUAUUUUUGGGUCUUGGUUUUCUGUUUGAAGGUCCUGCGCCAUUGGAAGCUAUUGCAAACGGUGUUGUUUUCAUCAAUCCUUCGUUUAAUCCGCCGAAAUCUCGGAAAACAUCCGAUUUCUUCAAGGACAAGCCAACUUUACGCGAACUAACGAGUCAAAAUCCUUAUGCGAAACUUUUUAUCGGUCGACCCCAUGUAUUUACUGUUGACAUCGAGAUUUCGUCGCAAGUAGAAGAUGCAAUACGUGAAGCCUUGCUUUCGCAAGAAUCCAAACAGGACUUUUGCUAUGUCAGCCGUUUUCCUCCUGUGCAUGCUAUUAUGAUAACAGUUGAAGCAGUUUCAAUGCAAUCUUGUCAAGAUGCAUGUCGUCAGCAUAAUUUCCUGUGUGAACGUUCAUUCUUCCGCAUCGUGAAUAUGCCUGAAUUUCUAAAUAAGAGUGGAUCAUGUGCAACGCUAAACAGUAUACCAAUUCCAUAUGCACCAUAUGAAUGCUCGAAGCAGGAAAAUUCAGAUUUGUAUAGCUGUGCAUCCGUUCCAACGAUUUUGGAUAUACGACGAAUCUGUCCUUGUCGUGAUUUCUUGCAGGGUCAGACAGCUCUCUUUCUUCUUGUUUAUGAUUCGCAUUCUUGA